AUGCAUGAUGAAUGUACUCCACUGCAGACAAUGUCCACCAUUCAAGAUAUCAAAGCAACAGGCAUUGCUGCAAGAGGGGAACAAAAUGUCAUAGAAACAGCUACUGUUUCUCCCACAAAUGGAGAGGAAAGUCAUUACACAAACCAGGUUCAGUUAAAAAAAAAAAUACAUAGGAGUUCAGAACUAGUGGGAAAAUAAAACAAUACAUCAUUGAAGGGAGAUGUAACAGGGCAAGAAGAGUCACAGAACAAAAUGUUCCCAGAUAAUGCAGAAAAUGAAGAUGAUAAACAAAUAGAACACAUGACUGUUGAGAACAUAAAUAGCAACAGGGAAGAGAUGCAUGACAUAAUCCAGACAAGAGAAAGAGAAAUUCAAGAGACCUCAGAAAGCCAAAGUGAAGAGAUUACCACAUCCUCAACAACAUGUGAUAUCUCCAGUAAUUAUGUGAAUAGUCCUCUUCCCAGUGAUUCAGAGAGUCUAAAGCAAAAGCAUAACAUCAUGGAAAAGGAGUAUCUUGAUGUGCUGAGUGAUGAUACUGUCACCCAAGUGUCUUGUUAUAUUACAGCACCAUCCUAUGUUCUACAACAUCUAGAAUGCUGGAUAAUUAAUAGCAUGAGUUCUUUAAUAGUGAGUGAUAAUGAAGAAUUGGUCAGCAAUGUUAUCACUGUAGAGUGCUCAGAUAUGGAAAAGAGAAUUCCAUUUCCAAUAUGCAUUGCAAUUCCAUUUACUGAACGUUACAGGGGAAAUUAAGACAUCAUGGUGAAAGUGUCUGAUGUAGACCUUCAAUCAAGUUACCUGACUCCAAAUUCACUGGAAGGAAUGAGAGGAAGUUACAAGGUGACCUGUGCUGAAGUGAAAGUUUAUAAGUUGGGUAUCUUUUCUGUUGUGUCUUGUUUAAAGAAAGAGUCCUUGACAGUAACAAAGAAAGGCCUUACUCUUAAGCCAAGCAUGGAUUCUCAAAUAUCCUUAAAUCACCCUCCAGGAGUUUUCAGCUCACCAGUACUUGUACAAUUAAAGGUCCAACCAAUUGACCCAUCUCUGGUGGCAUAUUUAAAAACUCAGCAAGAUACUUCCUACUCAGUACUAUCCACAAGCCCUCUGAUUCAUGUUCAGCACCCAUCAACACAUCUUUUCCAGAAGCCAAUCACUGUACUCCUACCUUGCUCUACACACCCUGAUAAAAAAAAUCUUGGGUCUGAGAUAGAUCAUAAAAGAACAGCUAGUGCCACAACAAACAGAAUCAUACCUUUAUACCUCAACUGGACAAAAAGCACUUCCAUAAGAAAACCUGGGAACAAUGCUUGUGAAUCUUUGAAAUUACUGGGAUUCAGAAGCCAAGACAGUGGUUGGUUUGUGCUUGAUGGUUUCGUGGUAAGAACCGUGCAAAGUGGCUUGAUAUCAUUUGAAUUGUGUGAACAUUUAGAGAGGUUUAUAGUGCUUCACCUGUCUUCCAUUGUGGACAAUAGCCAUUUGGUUUCUUUUGUGAAGUCUUUGGAGGAAGCCAUGCUCAGCAUCACUGUUUGCAUUGUACUUUAUCACCAGAAAGACAAUCCACAUAGAAUUGUCAUUUUAGUGGUGCUUUCUAAAGAUUUACAUCAGGUGCUUAGGAACUUGCGCUUGGAAGCGUCUAGUGGUCCUCCAGAGCCAUCUCGCAAUUUCCAAGUGAAAGAAGAACAACUCCUUUUAAGGUUUACUGGAAACAUAUUUGCUUCAAGCAAUGGGAAGGAUUAUGGAAAAGACUACAAGCUUAUUUUUCAUUUACAAAGGAAACCUAGACUGGAACUCCAAAUCAAAGAGGUGGAUGAAUUGGGAAACUAUAGCUGCCCUCAUUAUAAGGGUACCAUUGUAGUUUAUAAAGUACCUAAAGAAAAGAUAGUCCACAACUUGGAUCAAUCUCUUAUACUUAACGAAAACAAUUAUCAGUUGCCAAUUUGCAAAUUACCAUUGAAAUUGCCAAAGGACAGAGUGGCAACUUUUAACCUCUCACAUGUUAGUCUGGAAACCGAAAGUCUAGCCCACUUCUUCAUGCCAGUCAACUGCUUGUCCACCGCUCUGUGCUCAGGUCCACACUGUGAUUCUAAAGUAGCAGGGGAAAUGCAGCUCUUGGACAUCGUGGAACUGGUGGAACCAGGGAAAGUGAAAGUGCUGGGGUCUGAGGAAUAUUUUGAGCAGUUCCUGUUUCCAGUCAUCAGCAAGAUGCAGGAGACUACUGUGUCUUGCACCGGAGUGCACAGGAGAGCAUAUAGGCAGAAUAGGAGCAAGUUCUUAGAGCUUGUUGAUCACAUUCAGUAUCAUUUCAUAACCCUGGGCAUCCCUGUAGUUGACUGCAAUGUGAAAGCCCUGUGGGACAACUUGCUCUACUGGCUGGCAGACGAGCUCUCAGAAGAAAACGCCCUGUGUCUCUUCUCAUCCCUCCCCCUUCGCCACAGCACCAUUCAGCUCAUCAAACUGAAGAACCCUGAUGAUCUCACAGGCCAGACCCACGACCUUCUUUGCUUUUGGAAAAGAUCACUCCCAAAUUCCACGGACAAACUUCGUCUUCUGGCUCGCCAUCUCCGCAAGAUCGGCAGGAGUGACCUUGCAGAAGAGCUCAAAUUCAAGUGGGAAAAUAAAGUGUUCACUGAACCCCAGCAGCGGUCUGAUGUGGUGGAGUUCAGCCCCGUUGCUCUUUCUUUUGCCCUAGGAAAAGUGUCACAGUCGGUUUGA